AUGUUGGCAUGGAUGUGGCAUGCCCGGCUGAUUGAUAGAAAAGAAGCUCUGAAGGCGACCUAUUUCCCCUCUCGUUCGUCAAUCGCCGGCGGCCUCUUCGACGUCGACAUUGCCGUCGCCGACCGUCGCUCCCAACCCACCUUCUUCUCCGGCGCAUCUUCCCUCCUCUCUCUCGGCCUCUUUGCUCGAUUCUUCCCCAGAAAGCUUUACACACUGCUAUUGCAGAGUUAUAUCUCGAUCAACAUCAAACCCCUUUCACUGUCUAAAAAGGAACAUAGGCAGAUUCAAUCAAGUUGGUUACAUCAAAAACAAAAGAUGGAAGAACAAAAGGUAGAAGAACCAAAACCAGAGGAAAAGAAAGAAGAAAAUGCCGAGGAGAAACCUCCAGCUGAAGAGAAAAAAGAAGAAGAACCAAAACCACCAGCUCCCUUUGUGUUGUUUAUCGAUUUGCAUUGUGUUGGAUGUGCCAAAAAGAUUGAGAAAUCCCUCUUGAGAAUUCCAGGUUGAUAGGUUGCGUGCACAAGUUUCUACCAUGGAACAACAACAACAACAACAAAUGAAAGAACAAAUGGAAAUGGUAAUGAGGAGAUGAAUAUGUCUUGAAAUCAACCCCGUGC